CUUUAAGCAGUACUAGAAAAAGAAGAAUCACUCGGCCCGCGUGGAAAGAGAAACAUGGCUGCGUUGUUUGAAGGAUACACACUGUGUGGAAUUGGACCAGCGCAAAAUUCUUCGAAUUCGGGAAUUCUGGGUAUUGAAUUGGGCAGAGAUAUCGACCAUGUCCUCGUAACCGACGCUUCGAGAUCUGUUACUGUUUACAAGGUGUCUGAUCAGAAGCCUACGGGCAGUUGGACAGUGAAACAUGGGCAGAUAAUCACCUGCCCCGCUGUGUUUAAUACUCAGUCCCAGGAAUAUGUGGUUGUAACUGAUGACAGGGUUGUCAGAGUUUGGAAAGAUGAUGAUGUCUACUUGGAAAAGGCUUUCAAAGCUACAGUUUCUGCGGAUGUUCUUAGAGUGUUGUCAGCUGCCGACUCUGAGGCUGUGGUGCUGUUUUGUUGUGGGGCUGUCAGGUUCCUGGACUCAUUGCUCGCUUCCCCACAACAGCCUAUAGAAGAUGUUUUGGCAGAGGAAGAAAUUAUCAGAUGGAGUACUGUUGUUAAGGCAGAGCACCAGCUUGUUGUUUUGUUCAACACAGAACAGAGAGGAGAGCACUGGCUUUAUGCUCAAAGAUUUAACCCCAACACCCUUGUGAAACACAGAAUUGAGACUGAACCUGGUCUCUCUGCACCUAUCAGUUUCUCUGCCACAUGCAGGGGUUGUAACAUACACCUGUUGUACUUGUAUUUGAAUGGCAGCUUGUAUGAGAGCGUGUUGCCACUCAGAAGUUCAGCAACAGUAGCUGAAGGUGUCCAGGCUCUACCUCGCUCCCUGCGUCUUAAUCUGCCUCUGGGGGAGGAAGAACUGAAAUCUGGUGCUGCUGUUGUGCUUGAUGAGGCUCAUGUAGCUGUGGUAGGAUUCCCCCACCUCUCUGCUGGAUCUUGCAAAGAUUACCUUUGCAUCUGGAACACUCAUUUCCAAACUCUUCAGGCUAGUAAAGAAAUGUCAGGAAGGAUCUGUAGUCAGUUGUGGUGUUAUUCUGGGAAGCUGUACGUCCCUCAUGGGAAGAUGCUUUCAGUAAUUCCUUUUGAGUGCCAGAAGUCAUCUCUCGCGGCUACCAUGGGAAAACUGAAGCAGAGUCGGAGUGAAUCCAAGUCAUGCAGCCGUUUGUCUUCCUGGACUGCCCAGCCUCAGGAUGACAUCACACAGACACCAGGAAUCAAGAGCAGGAUGUCAACAAGACAUGCUUCUGUUGUCAAGUCUGCACUAACAGUGGAUCAACUUAUAGAACACAUUAAGACUGGUGCAGUAGAGGAUGUACAAGCAAAGGUGGGGGAGUUUAUUCAUCUGACGACUCGGACUGACCUACAGCUGGCAACAGGCAGGAUGGCAUUAGAGCUAGUGUCAAGAUCCCAGACAGAUGCCGACUUCUACCCUCAGGCUGUAUUUCUACAGCUGUUGGAGACUCGGUACCUCUGCUACAGUGUGUGCCCUGAUCUGCUGACACUGGCCAUGGUGAAGAAAGAUUUUCAUCUCUGUCAGAUUGCUUUCCAAAUUUUUCCUGACAUUCCUGAAGCUGUCACCUGUGCUUGUCUGAAAACAAUUCUCAGUACUCCAGACUCUGAGAUUGAGACUGUGAAUCUUGACACAGAGAGUGUCAUCUUCAUGAAAGUGCUGACUCAGACACAAAGUGGAUUAAAGGAGGAGGGUGGGCAGCAGAACGGCUUUUGCCCUCCAGCAAUAGAGACUGAUGUAUCUGAUGCCCCCAGCACCAUGCUACAAAGAGAUCCUUUAGCCCUGGUUAUGAACUGUCCUGUGGGGUUACACAAGGGUGCUCUUCUAAAUGAGGUUCUGCAGACAGCGUACAGUAACAAGCCCCUGCUGCCACAUCUAAAAGAUCUCACUGUUCCGCAGGUCAUUGUCUUUUUACAGUAUCUACUUUUCCUUUAUCUCAAAUAUUCUCAUGAUGCCCACAAACAAAUCCCAGCUCUACGGACACCAAGUUUUUCUAAGAUAAUAGACUGGAUUUGCUUAUUACUAGAUGCUCAUUUCACAAUCUUGGCUGUGGCACCAGAAGCCAAAAGAUUGGUGUCUGAUCUUCACAAGUUUGUGAGAUCCCAGGUAAAACUGUAUGCUGAACUGGGAAAAAUUGAGGGAAGUCUUCAAGUCCUCAAAAAGUCUAAACAAUCUGAAGAUUUUGGCAUGUACUCCAUAGAAGUAAUUGAGCUCUUUUAGAUGACUUGCACAGAUCUUUUUUAAUAAAAUGCUGACAAUGACUCAAAUUUUCUGCCAGUUUUUGGCAGUUUUCUUGAUUUGUUUUUAGAAAAAAAAAUGGAUUGAAAUUCUUACAUAUUCAAAAUAAUUAUGAAAUAAAGACUGAAGUAACGCUUUCCAGAUUGUUCUCUGAAAUAUCUUGAAAAAAUUUUUCAAUACAUAUGUGGAAUGUUUUCGAUAAAUAAAAUAUGGUACAGACAUGUUUAACACACUUCAUUCAUGUUCUAUAAAUUAAUGGAACACUAAAAUGGCCUCUUCUGCACUACUAAACUUGCAUAAUUUGUGAAAUCUAUAAAUCAAGUAAACUGAAGUCUGUUUAAACAUAAAUAAAAUAAUAUAAUUUGAUAAAAGGAGAACAGGAUUAAAUCACCUUCAAAGUUUAGCUUCAACCCUAAACUAAUUAACGCGGAGCUGCAGAUUAGGUUUUGUCGUCAAAACCACACAAAUUCAACAGCGUUUAAAUCGGAAAGACAUUUACAUGAAAGUUUUGUGUCAUUAUAUAAAGUUUUUGAUAUAAACUGACACCUGCAGUCAGUGAACAGUCAAAUAAAAUAUGAAGACAGUUGGUAUGAUUUUCCCUUACAAAAGUCAAUUUUAUUCAUGUGUCCGCUGAAAGUUAAGGUUAAAUUAUGAAAUUUCAACCAUAUAAGGGUGUCUCCGUUUCCAUAUGGUUUGAGUGAUCUGAACCAUAUACUUACAUAUUUCAUACAAUUUAUCCUAUUUAGUAGUAUGGAAAGUUUGGCAGAUUUUGAUAUGAAUUCAACCUCUAAUAAACAAAAAGAACACGUUUUCACACCUUUUUUUUCUAAAAAAUAAAAAAUGAACGGAUGUUAUCUUUUGAACUCUUGGCAUGAAAAACAAUGCUCUUUACUAUACAAAUCAAAUGUUAAUGUGUCCACAAAUCCAACAUUAACAGAAGACAACUGAUAUUCGCCAUAUUACAAUGUCGCAUAUCACUACGACAUUGUACACAAAAUUCAAUUAACCUAAAAAUGGUUCUGACUGACAAAACCACAAAUGUUGUUAAUCAGAUUAAUUUUUUUAACUGGUGGGGCCACAGCCAUUACAUAUUAACCCCCUGGGGUCGGCUAUUGCGCCGGUGUGACAAGCUCACUUUUUUCGUUAACAGUGCAAAAGAGACUCAAAUUACUCUGUUGAUUUUUAGUGCUGUAGAUUGAAGUGCUGUACAUCAUUAGAUCCUGUUGUGUCUAUUUUUUGUGGAUACUCACAAUAAAAACAGUGUUCUUCUUUUUGUCAAAGAAAAAUAAACGAUGCGAAUUUUG